GGAGCCGGGUGUGGGAAGCGUGGCGGCCCCGCCCCGUCUCCUGGACCAGCCGCGGCCGCCAGCGCCGCCGCAGCCGCAGGGACCGGCGGACGCAGCAAAGGCGUGCGGUGCGGGGCCGGAAGUUCCCUCAGAAAACCCGCACAUCUCCCCAGCCCACCAUGGCAGACGAAAUUGAUUUCACUACUGGAGAUGCAGGGGCUUCCAGCACUUAUCCUAUGCAGUGCUCAGCCCUGCGCAAAAACGGCUUCGUCGUGCUCAAAGGGCGACCAUGCAAAAUCGUGGAGAUGUCAACUUCCAAGACUGGGAAGCAUGGUCAUGCCAAGGUACACCUUGUUGGAAUUGACAUUUUCACUGGCAAAAAAUAUGAAGACAUUUGUCCCUCUACUCACAAUAUGGAUGUUCCAAAUAUUAAGAGAAAUGAUUAUCAACUCAUAUGCAUUCAGGAUGGUUACCUUUCCCUGCUGACAGAAACUGGCGAAGUCCGUGAGGAUCUUAAGCUGCCAGAAGGUGAACUGGGCAAAGAAAUAGAAGGGAAAUACAAUGCAGGUGAAGAUGUGCAGGUGUCUGUCAUGUGUGCCAUGAGUGAAGAAUAUGCUGUGGCCAUAAAGCCCUGCAAAUAGACAAGCCCUGCAAAUGGACCAUCAGCAUAAGCAGGUCCAUUGGUCUGGAUCUAGCUGUCCCAAAGCUAUGGCCUUCCUAAGAACCUCAUGUUUGUUGUUAUGUUUUUAUUGUUUUAAAAAAGUGCUGGCUUAGGUUGGCAGGCAGUUAGUAAGUUUAAACAAAUAUACCAAAAUAUAUAAUUUUAUAAGUAUCUGUCCUAUAACACUCCUGUGGUUUUCAUCAUGUGACCAUAAAAAACAAAUAUAACAGCUUCAGUAAAUGUCACUUGUCUCAGCAAAUCACUCCUGAACUUAAAUGGUUAACAAACCAGGGUUUUAAAUCAGCAAUGUAGCAUGUAGGCGAAUGGAAGUCUCAUGCAUUUCAGUUGAAUUGCUUUGUGCUGAUUUCAGACUUAAUAUCUAGAAUUCAUAGGACUGUAAGAUGGUCUGUGUGGCAGAUACACAUCUUGAAACGAAACUCUAGUUAUCAAACUGUCAUUCUCUUGGUGGUCCGAUGUCCCAUGUGUUAUCUUCAUCAUGUUUGUCUGUGCUGGUUGAUGAUGGCAGACCUACAUAGUAGUUUCGGUUGAUGGAGGGAAGGGAACCGCUGCAUACGUCUGAGUUAGUCCACCAAGCAGUGGAGAUUCACAGGGGCAGAGGCAAAGUGGGGGUUCACGCUGUAGAGUUGACUUAAGACCUUUCAACCAGCACACAAAGUGAUGGAGCUCUGGUUGCUUUUGGCUAUGUCCCCAGCCUCUGUCUCAGCACAGGAGUGGCCUUUGCAGAGACGCCCGCUACUUCCAGCCGUAAUGCCUAAGUGGUUAUGAUGUUGGUAAUCCAGCCCUCCUGGCAAAUUUUUACAAAUUUUUGACAUUAGACUAAAAAUAGGAAUUUUAAAGUUGCUUUGGAAUUCUUGACUUUAAAUUGAUUUGUUAAAUAUAUGUACACUUUUCUAAAGUGUAAUAGGUGUAAACCAUGGAAGAAAGGUUACCUAUUUGAAAAUUAUUUUAAGUGUGUUUAUACUUUUAUUCUUUUGUGACUUAAUUCUUUUACUGAUGUAAAAUACAACUAGGAAAGGAUUCUGUGGCCUGGAUUAUUUUACUGCAUUGUAGGUAAUGCCCCUCCAUUUUUGUUUAGACUUCUGGAUCGUGUGUAAAUUGUGUCUAAAAUUGUAGACAUAGUUGUGGGCUUGAGAGGAACAGACGAAAUCACAAUCAUAUCCUCGAAGUACAGCUUAGAACAGAACCCUCUCAGUACCACCUUGAUUCUCUGAUGCUGGCUCUCAGGUUCCCUUUCUCAUGUCUGGACCCUUAGUUCCCACCUAGAAAAAAAUGUGUGACAAUGUAACUCACCUAAUCAGCAACUUGAAAUAGCUUUACAAAUGGAAGAUCCCAAGAUUUUAGUUCCUUAAUUUGCAUGCAGUUUUAAAUCUUAUCUUGUUAUCAAAAAGUGUCAUUCUCUUUUUGAUAACAAGAUACACCAAUCCAGAGAUGAAGCAAGAUACCCUAAGAGACGUGCCAGGAAGAGAUGACUAAAGCACAAGCAUAUUGACGUUGUAGCCAGUUGACUUUAGUGUGACCCUUUAGCUCCUGCCAUGCAAAGCACAAUUAGGAGUUAGGCUGAGUGUUUCCCAGACAUCUGCUCUAGGCUGCUUUAGAGUUCUGCUGUUGGCUGUUCCCUGGUAGGACUGAUUGACAUGUUACCCACAGGAAUUCAAGGAAGUUAUUUGUCUCUGCUGUCUUCUGGUAUUGUCUUGCCAAAUAAGCAGCCACACUGGUAGCUUGAUUUCAUAUUUCUUCAGGAGUAGCAUGCUCUUAUCCUUCCUAACUUAUUAAAUUUCACAUGCAUCUCUAUUUUUCAUUGUAGUGUAUACAUAUAAAUUAGAGCAAUGUACCUCUAGCUCCAUACCUUGAAUGGCAAAAACUACUUAGGCCUAAGUAUUUCAUUUUAAAUAAUAUAUAUAAGUGUACAUACUCCAACAUGUAACUAUAGAUUUUAAAGAUACAGGACUGUUUAUUUUCACAUAAGUCAGUAGAUGUUUCUCUUAAAGCAAAAUAUUUCAUUUAGUAAAGCUUUAUAAAUUAUAUUAAAGGGAAGCAGGGAACAUGUAUUUUUUAACAGAAAACAGAAAUUACUUCUUUUGACAUCAGAAAAAAUGCUACCAGUUGAUUCCUAGUAUUUGUUGUACUUGUAGCAGAUCUCCGGACUCACAGGCACCAUGUCGAGAAUGGAGUUCGUUCUGAGAUCCCCGCGCAUCUGCGUCUGUACGCAUUUCUUUCUUUCUUUGCCAUUUAGACAGUAUUAACAGGUUGAACAUUUUUGUUCACUUCUGUUGUGAAGAUUUUGCCACACUGACACAGUUGUGUGUCCCCUGACCUAGAUCAGACCCUCUUGGCUUUGACUUGGCCUUUGCAUCCUUAGUGCCCUCUGAGGGACUGCCAGUCACUUGAAGUGGACCAAGCUCUUGACUCUGUUCCCCUCUGUAGUACAGAUUUCUGUACCAGUGCUUUUAUAUCAGUGACCAAAAUACUUGCAGCCAGAUGUGAUAUCUUCAAGAGAACACACUGCAAUGCAAUGUUUAGAGAAUUUGGGGAUGCAUGCUUUUCAUUAGCGCACAGUGUGUGUGUGUAUAAAUAUACACAGCUUUGUUCGUUUCAUUAGUGCACAGUGUGAGUGUAUAUACAAAUACACACAGCUUUGUUCAUUUCUCAAAGUCCUUCCAACUACUAAAUGUACUGUAGUUUGAUAUUCAUUGUUUCUCAUUUGUAAGUUUUUCAGAAUUUGUUUUGUAUUUUUAAGGCUACUCAAUUAGAUUGUUUCUAGUUGAGCUGGAAUUCAAACGCACUGUUCUCAGGGCUGUUUGUGCUAGAAACUGAAGUGUCAUUAUUUUAAAGAUAGCUGCCUACAAAUAUAUUCCAAGUUUUCCCCAAGUCGUAAUACUGUAAUACAUACCAAUAAAAAUCCUUAGUAUAACA